CAAAGCCGGCAAGAUGGCGUCGAGCGGCGGGGAGCUCGGCAGCUUAUUCGACCACCACCUCCAAAGGGCUGUUUGCGACACGCGGGCCAAGUAUCGGGAGGGGCGACGGCCUCGUGCCGUGAGGGUAUAUACAAUUAAUUUGGAAUCUCGGUACUUAAUAAUACAAGGAGUUCCUGCAGUGGGAGCAAUGAAGGAAUUAGUUGAGCGGUUUGCUUUAUAUGGUGCAAUUGAGCAGUAUAAUGCUUUAGAUGAAUACCCAGCAGAAGACUUUACAGAAGUUUAUCUUAUUAAAUUUAUGAAUUUACAAAGUGCAAGGGUAGCCAAGAGAAAAAUGGAUGAACAGAGUUUCUUUGGUGGAUUGCUUCAUGUGUGCUAUGCUCCAGAAUUUGAGACAGUUGAAGAAACUAGAAAAAAAUUACGAGAGAGGAAGGCUUAUAUAGCAAGAGCUACUAAAGAUAAAGAUAAUUUCAUGACAAAGAAGAAACUGGUUACAGAGCAUAAAGACACAAAAGAUUUUAGAUGGGACUUCCAUUCAAAGAAGUCUGGAUUUUGUGAAGCUGCAUUGAACACUUCUGCUGGGAACUCAGAUCCUUGUCUUCCUUAUUCUUGUGAGUUGCCUUUAUGUUAUUUCUCAAAAUGUACGUGUUCGUCAGGAGAGUACAUGGGCAGAGCAUCAAACUCUCAGGAUGGUAGAAACCAUGAUGAAACAGUGGGGCAUUGUAACCACAAUGACUCUUUGCAGCAAAUGCAGAUAAAAACUUUUAAAAAUUCAGUGGCCUGCUCUGGCGCACAGAAGGCGGUUACUGCUUCAGAGGCAGUUGACAGAUUUAUGCCUAGGACAACACAGCUGCAGGAGCGGAAGAGAAGAAGAGAAGAUGAUCGUAAGCUUGGAACUUUUCUUGAAUCAAGCACGAGCAGUAAUGAGGUUCUGAUUGGGCCUCUGUUACCAGACAUACCUAAAGUGGACAUGCAUGAUGAUUCAUUGAAUACGACAGCGAAUUUAAUUCGGAGUAAACUUCAAGAGGUGGUUUCAUCUGUGCCAAAGCCUCCAGAGGACAAGCUAGAAGAUGUGCAUACAAGUCAUCCAUUAAAACAAAGAAGAAGAAUAUAAGAUUACUAGUAGCAAAUUAAAAUUUUCUAAGAGUAUUUAUUUUUUAUUUUUAGCCUGUCAUUUUAAUUCUUGAAGAGGUUGUACUGCUGUUUUUUUAAUGCACUCCUCUUUGUAAUUUCAUUCAGGCUACUUGUCUAAUUUAGUUUCAUCUUUCAAAAUUAGUUUAUUGUGACAAAAUACAUGCCAGCCAACUGUUUCCCUUAAUAGAACUUUUGCAGAAACUCCACCCAGUGACUUUAGUUACACUUUAUUGGCUAGAACUGGGCCCAUGACUGUUCCUAACUGAUGAGUCUGGAAUAGUGAAUGUUUCAGGUUUCUAACUUCGGUGGUUUAGGAAGCAAGAGAAAAGAGGUCUGGGAAUGCCUGACUCACAGUAUGCCACAAGAUCCAAGGUCGCUGGCUAACUUAAAUAAAUAAAUUAGCUUAUCAUUACCUAUUAUAGAUGUUAUUUUGAUCCAUACUUAAUAUUACAAAAACUGUUCUUAUGACAUUACCUCUCAUUGCAGUAACUAUAUGUGAACUAACUGAAGGAAAUAAACAUAGGCAACCAAGAUCUGUUUUUUAUUUUAAUGCAAAUAUUGAGUGAUUUACAUUCAAAAACUAGAAGUCAGGAUGUGUCUAAAUGCCAGGACUUCAAAAUCAAGACAAAUCUGUAAAGUAAAAAGGAUAAUAAACUGUUAGAACAAAGCUGAAAUUAGAAGCUUACAUGCUUUAGUUAACUUGUAAGAAGUAUUUACUUGAUCUAUGGCAGAAACAAAUUAGAAUUUGUAAAUACUAGACUUCUACCACUACUUAUAGUACACCCACAUUUAUUUUUCUCCUAUUAGUAGACCACACAAUGGGAAUCCAUUUAUGUCCAGGCUGUUUCCAUAUUGUUACUGAUAAAAAUAACUGGCGAAGGCCCAUACCAAACAGCAUCUGUUUUCUUUUCUCCCUGUCCUUAAGAGCCUCUGCCUAGUUGAAUUUGAACAUAUCAGUUAAGAAGGCUCAUCUUCAUUUACGACUUACUGAUCCAACCUUGUUAGGAGGGCACUAAGUGGUGGAUGGUCUUAAUAGAAGCUGCAGGCAGGGGGUUUAGCCCUAGUUCCUCAUAAGGUAAUAUAUUUCUGCUGAAUUCAGGUAAAAGGUACAUUAGAGACCUCAGCACAGAAUUGGAAAGAAUAUAUUGCUGUCUAGAUCUGGCUUCUCAGACUUUAAGGCGUUACGAACCUCCACCUCAGGGUCUUACUGUAAUUCUGAUGGUGGUGGCCAGUGGCUGGCAGGUGGCAGGAACGGGGAGUUGUUUAAUGGGCAUAGAGUUUCAAUUUUGCAAGAUAAAAAGUUCUAGAGAUUGCAAACAAUGUGAAUGUACUUGACUAAACUGAAUACUUAAAAUUGAUUUGGAUGGUAAAGUUUAUGUUAGAUGUAUUUUACCACAAUUAAAAAAAAAUUCUCGCCA